AUGGCGGACUACAGCAACCAGCAGGGGCGGGAAUUUGCGCGCCCGCCAAAUGCAAAUGGCCAGCCCACAGGAGCAAGGGACGCGGCAUUCGCAAACAUAUUCGGCGCCAGUCCCUCCAUGGCUGGCCGCUCUCAGACAAUGACUUCACAGCCACAGAUGAGACCUACUGACCGCGCUGCCACAAUGUCGUCUCAGACAGCCGACAUGAUGCAGCGCGCUCCACCAAUGCGUCAGCCGAUCAAUGGCUAUGAUCGGCGCCCUCAGGCACAUUAUGAUCCGCGCAAUGGCCCCGGCCCUGCACAGCAACGCCCAAUGGACCCUCAAGAACAAUACAACCGCCAACCUCCCAACGGAUAUCCGGGAGACCCGCGAUACGCACAGGGUCAUCCACAGCAGCAGCAACAGCAGCAGCGUCAACCGCAGCCGCAGCACCUCCCAAACCCACUUCGCCCCGACCGCCAACCGUAUGGCCAGCCACAGCGGUUUGACCCAAGAACUUCUCCGCCUGGCCAACCGCCAUUUUCGAAGCCGAUGCCAAAUUUCCCAAACCGAUUCCCUGGACCGCCGGGACCUGGUAUGAACACGGAUCCCUACCGCUCACAGUCCCUCGCCCUUGGGCCACGGCCACAGUUCUCACCUCCAGGCCCUAGCCACCCGUCACAAGCGAACACCUUCCGACAACAGCCCUAUAUGAAUCAUAUGGCACGUACGACUGCACAGGGCCGUGUUGUGCCUGAGCGACCGGAUGAGCGCACCAUGUCGAUGAGUUCAUAUACCAGGGACGUCGACCACACGCAGACAAUGAGUGGGAGAGUCAUCCCCAACCGACGGCAAGAGCCUGGUGCAAACGAUAUGGUACAGGGAGAACAGAGGCCGCCUAGUGGGUCGCAGGUGCCAAUGGCCCCAGGAGCUAGAACACGGAAUGCAAGUCAGGGCAGCAUCUCGCAGCAAUCUCGAACAAUGUCGAUGGCCUCCACGGUCGUAGCCCCUUCCGAGCGGACUGAUACCAUGACCUCUAUGACCCGCCCCAGUUCCACCCAGACGGUUUCAACGGUUUCGAGCAACAACAGGGCCUCAAGCCAGUCUCAGCAAAAUGGACAGGCGGUGGUCCCAUCACAAAACCGUCGAGCGCCUUUGGUCUAUCCGGCCUUGCUGUCGCGUGUCGCUGAGACUUUUCAGGACCGCAUCCAAGUCUCAGAAAGAGAAAAGGAUGGACUUGUGUACAGCAGCGCCUUCACUGGUGCGGAGGCAGUUGACUUGAUCUCAUAUAUCAUCAAGACCACAGAUCGCAAUCUUGCGCUCCUCCUCGGCAGGUCCUUGGAUGCGCAAAAGUUCUUCCAUGAUGUGACCUAUGCUCACCGAUUACGGGAUUCGACCAACGAAAUAUACCAAUUCCGCGAGACCAUGAUGGAAGACAAGGCGGAGAUCAAUGGCGUGUUUACGCUCUUGACAGAAUGUUACUCGCCCACUUGCACCCGCGACCGUUUGUGUUACUCGAUUGCCUGUCCACGAAGACUGGAACAACAGGCGCGAUUGAAUAUGAGGAUCCAGCCCGGUCUUAAACGCGAAGAGUCGCGUGCAAGUCUGCACGAAGAUUUAGAUGACGAGGAGCAGAAGCUGUGGAUCAACACUGUACCCAAAGAAGUUUCAGACAGCAUUACGGAGAAGGAACGGAAACGUCAGGAGGUCAUCUCCGAACUGAUGUACACUGAACGCGAUUUCGUCAAAGAUCUUGAGUAUCUACGCGACUUCUGGAUGAAGCCACUGCGCAACCCUCAGUCUUCUCCGAUUCCAGAGCAUCGGCGAGAGAAGUUCGUGCGAACCGUCUUCUCAAACUGCCAGGAGGUGUACAUGGUCAACUCUCGCCUUGCUGAAGCACUCACGCGCCGCCAACAAAAAGAUCCCGUCGUACGUAGUAUUGGAGACAUCUUCCUAGAAUACGUUCCACAUUUUGCUCCCUUCAUCAAGUAUGGUGCAAACCAGCUCUUCGGUAAGUACGAAUUUGAGCACGAGAAACGCACAAACACCCACUUCAUGCGGUUUGUCGAUGAAGUAGAGAGGAUGAAGGAAUCGAGGAAGUUGGAGCUCAACGGAUAUCUCACGAAGCCCACAACAAGAUUGGCUAGGUACCCCUUGCUUCUAGAGAACAUUGUCAAAUACACAGCCGAUGAGGACCCCGACAAAGAGGACAUUCCGAAGGUCAUCAAGAUAAUUAAAGAGACGCUAUCAAAGGUCAACAUGGAAUCUGGCAAAGCGGAGAACCACUUCAACUUGAUGCAGCUCCACAAAGAUCUAAAAUUCAGGAACAACGAGUACGUUGAUCUCAAGUUGACCGACGAGAACCGCCAGUUGGUUUUCAAAGGCAACCUCAAGAAGACACCCACGGAAGCGACCGGCGACAUCACAUGCUACCUCUUCGACCACGCUGUCCUUCUUGUACGCGCAAAGACCGUGAACAAGCGCGAAGAGCAAAAGGUUUACAAGAAGCCUAUCCCACUGGAGCUACUUGUGAUAACGCAAAUGGACGAGAUCAUCCCGAAACUUGGCAUCUCGAAGAGACCAUCCGCGAACUUGAUGGGCGCAAGAGCGAUCGCUGCAGCGACACCCAGUGGUCGCAACGAUGCCACAAAGCAGCAAGGUUACCCCAUCACCUUCAAGCAUCUUGGAAAAGGUGGUUUCGAAUUGACGCUAUACGCAAGUACGGCAAUUUCGCAACAGAAAUGGAUGGAGCACAUCGAAGCUCAGCAACGCACCUUGCGCGAACGUAGCAACAUCUUCACCAAGACCAUCUUGAAUGAGGGCUUCUUCAACCCAUCGAUCAGGGUCACUUGUGCCGUUCCCAUGGAUGGUGGACGCAAGAUGGCUCUCGGCACUGACGCCGGUGUGUACGUGGUCGAGAGAAAGGCCAAGGAUGCAUCGAUCAAGCCACGCCGUGUGCUCGACUGCAAGGGGGUAACGCAGAUCGACGUGCUCGAACAGCACCAGAUUGUGCUUGUUCUUGCUGACAAGACACUCUACUCCUACUCGACAGAAGCUCUGGACCCAGAUGACAGCCAGGCCAUCGCCAAGCGGCCUCGCAAGAUCUGCCAUGCCAACUUCUUCAAGUCUGGCAUUUGCCUUGGCAACAAUCUUGUGGCAACUGUCAAGACAUCUGCACUCUCGACUACCAUCAAAGUCUACGAGCCAAAGGAAAACAUGGCAGGCAAGGCACGCAAAUCCGGAUUUGCGAAGAUGCUAUCACAAGGGCAAGAUCAGCUCAAGCCAUACAAGGAGUUCUACAUCCCCACCGAGUCGACGUCGAUCCAUUUCUUGCGCUCAAAGCUCUGUGUGGGCUGCGCACGCGGCUUCGAAGUGGUCAGUCUCGAGACUCUCGAAACACAGUCCUUGCUCGAUCAAGCAGAUACCUCGCUCGACUUCGUCGUGCGCAAAGAAAACAUCAAGCCAAUUCACAUCGAACGAAUGGGAGGCGAGUUCUUACUGUGCUACACGGAUUACUCGUUCUUUGUUAACAGGAACGGUUGGCGGGCUCGUCCAGACUGGAAGAUUACUUGGGAAGGUACACCACAAGCUUUCGCCAUCUUCAACCCUUACAUCCUUGCGUUUGAGCCUAGCUUCAUCGAGAUCCGGCACAUGGAGAGCGGCGGUUUGGUACACAUCGUCACAGCGAAGAACAUCCGAUGGCUGCACACAUCGACUAGCGAGGUAUCCUUGACUUCUGGCGAUCUGGGCCUGCUGGCAAACAAUCCCUGGAUCAGCAGCGUUUACUAG